AUGGGGGAGAGUCAGCCAGGGUCAUGCGAUGGGGAGUCUGAUAGCGAAAAGACAUUGGUUCUUCCCGGACGUGGUGAAGACCCAGCCCCAUCCCCAAUGGAGGACAGCCCACGCAGCCCCUCCGCAGCAGCUCAAACUGAUGUUGAAUCUGGCAGCUCCAGCGUUCACAGCAUCAGCACCCCUGACCGCAAGACUUCCGGGUCAUGGAAUGAAGAGUUUUUUACAACCCCCAUGUUUGGGAACUCAGGGCCUCGUCGUUCCGAGAUUGUCGAGAUGUGCAUGGCCCUCAUGCAGUACUUUGGAUCCAAUCACCCAGACAUCAUGAAGUUUGGGGUGAAGGCAACAAAUUGGUUGUCGACCAGAGACUACUGGGAAGCGUGGUCUUGUCGCUACCGAGCCCGAGGGAACAAGGUUUUGAGCCCAAAGGACACCAAGGAGUUGACCGAAUCUUGCCCUGAAGCUUUGGCCGCUGCAGAAGAGAUCACGAAGUCUGCCAAGAGUACUGAGGCUACUGGACUCAAGCGCUUUCGAGAACAACAAGAUGUGGACGGUGGUGGGGCCCCAGCGAUCGAAGUUCUCCUCAAGUCACGAGCUUUUGUCGUGAAGCGGUUUGGUGGGGGAGUGCGUGAGGGUGUCAGCCGACCUCUACCCUUCAGUGGACCCAAUUUGCUGUGGGAGGCCAUUGAAAGCGAAGGUGCAAAGGUGGAGGUGCCAUACCCAGUCUUGGUGAUGUUGGUGACCGCUAUGUUUUCCUGCCCGGCCCUUGAUUGGAGCUCACCGGGUGAUUCGGUGGAGCUCUUUGCUGGCGAUUGCAGCAUUACCAGGGGUGAGUGGAAGGAGUCCCGUGAAGCCACUCCAAUGGACAUCCGCUUCGGGGCACACCAGGACAUCAUGACUGAUGCUGGUCUCGAGGAAGUACUGGUCGAACAUCCAGUAACCCCAUGGGCCAUGGCCAGGGAGCAACAGGGCGAGCCAGAGGUGGUGGAGAUUAACAACUUUGCUAACAGAUCUCUACGUCCUGCCAACCCUGACAUGGUGAGGCAUUACACAGACUCCAGUGGCAAGUCUCGCAUCCAAGGUGGAGCAGCUCUGAAGGGGUUUGGCCGUGCAGUUGCAAGGGUGAGGACCGCUCAUCUAAAGGCCAAGCGUCGUGCAGCACAUCGCUUCCUGCGCGAUGCAGCGGAGGGUUUUCUCAAGCUGGACAUGGAUGACAAAGUUAGCAACUUCUGGAUGGAGCAUGCGAUUGGUGUUUGGGGUGGGCCCCGAUUCCAACUGGUGUGUUGUAAGGCUUUCAAAGGCUUCGAGGUGCGUAAGUCAGCUUUGAGAAAGCCCAACAAAGGUCCCACCAAUCCAGGAAAGCUCAUGGCUAAGAGUGCAAGCAAAGGACAAGACAAGGUCCAAAGGUUGCAGUCUGAGGUGUUGAGACGGGCAAAUAGUGCCAAUCAAGCCUCUGGGGCUUCUUCUUCGAGGAAAAGGGUGUCGACUAAGGAGAAGAAGGGAAAAAAGAAAGAGAAGACUGGGGAUGAUACUUCCAAGUCUACAAAGGUAGCGGAGAAAGACAAGAAGGACAAAGCAGCUGAAAAGACCGAGAAAGUUGAAAAGAAGGAGACAUGUCAAAAGAAAGAGACCGAUGAGAAGAAGGACAAGAAGGACAAGAAGGACAAGAAGGACAAGAAGGACAAGAAGGACAAGAAGGACAAGAAGGACAAGAAGGACAAGAAGGACAAAGACAAAAAGAAGGACAAAGACAAAAAGGAGAAAAGCAAUGAGAAGGAGAAAUGCGAAAGGAAGGAGAAGGCGGAAAAGAAGGAGAAAUCUGCAGAGAAGGAGGAGGUCCAGAAGAAGAAGAGCAGGCAAGAAGUCCAGAACACACAGAGCACCAAUACAGAUAGCAAGUCGCAAAGAAAUGCAGAUGAGUUGGAAAAAGCAGGCAAGGCACAGGCAAACAAAGAGCAGAAGCAGAGAGAGAAGAUGUUGGAAGCUGAGUUGAAGAAAGCAACUGUUCCUGCGCCUACGCCUACUACACCACCACAGAAAAGAUUGCGCAUGAAGUCACCUACUGACAGCACAUCCAGCAUCAAGACUGAUGCCAGCUCUGCCCGCUACAAAGGCAACCAAGCGAGAGCUGAAGCUCACUUCCAGACGCUGAGGGGCGAUCUUAGUGAUGCUGUCAAGGAAGCUGAAGACAAUGCUCACUUGGACUGCGCUGGCCUUUCCAUGUCCUGCAUACUAGAUGGCUUGCGCACAGCACAAAAUGACAAGAAUGAGACUGCAAAGGAGAAGGAACAGGAGCAGGAAGGAGACGAGGCUGAAGAAGCCGAAGAUGAAGAAGAGGAGGAAGCAGAGGAAGAAGUAGAACAAGAUGAAGACCAUGAAGAGAACGAUGAUGAAGACAAAGACGAGGAGCAGGAUGAUGAAGAGGAGCAAGAUGAUGAAGAGGAGCAGGAUGAUGAAGAGGAGCAGGAUGGUGAAGAAGAUGCGGCUGACCAACCAGAUUUGCCAAGCCCAACGGGUGACUCAUCAGAUGAAAGUGAUCCAGGUGAUGAAGCUGCCACCGAUCCAAGCAGUGAUGAGUUAGAGGGAACACGCCAAGCAAAGUCAGGGGAAGAAUCGGAAGCAACGAACCCAGACAAAGAUGAAGGAGGUGCAGAGGAUGGAACUUUGAAAGCAGCAAUUGCAAGCACGACCCGAAACAGCAAAACCAACAAAAGAGAGUGGGACAGGUUUGACCGACAGACCAAGGGGGGUCAGUUUCCGGCUGCUCUGCAGACCAUGCUGAGAAAGAAAAAAACCGAUUUGUUCGGGCUGUGGCUGGACUUCCAGGAAGACUGGGACCGGGUCCAAUGUGAGGUAGAAAGACGAUCUGAGAGCACCAACUUGUCCAGGUCUGAAUGGUGCGCCGUUCAGGCUAAAGAGCUGAGAGAAAAGAUGGAGACAAGCAAGUUCGACGAGCUCAUCAAGAAAAGGACUGAAGCUGGACUGUACUACAAGGAUCUUGAUUUCCCAGAAGACCCGGAGGAGAAUUGGAUCUACAUGCCCAAAGGUCGCCUAGUCCGACAGGAUGACUUGGUUUCUGAUUCUGUGAAGGCCAGAGCCACCAAAAAGCUUGAUGAAACCUUGUUCAACGCCCUGACAGCUGACGAGGGUGGAGUCCUUGCCAGCGGCGCCCUGCCGCAUAUCAAGGCCGCGUCUGAAGGUGGUCAAAGAGCAAUUGCUUCUGCCUUGGGUGACGAGUCCAAGGCAGUUCCAAAACCGAAAAAGAUUCCAAAGCCCAAGGGAGGCAAGGAGCUUUUGCAACCAGUCCUCGAUGAGGCGACCAAGGCGCGUCAGAAGAGCAUUCAGCUCAAGGGAAUGCAGUUUGCAGAUGAGCUAGCAUCCCAGUUACUCAAGCAUGGGACUUUUAUGGAGAACCUCUACACUGAGCUGAAGAACCACUUGAGCUUGGACCCCCCUGAUGAAAAAAAAGUGUCCCACACCAUCGGGAAAAUCCAACUCAAUCAGAAGUGGUAUGAGAAAGCGGAGGCAUCGGCAUCUGGGAUUUUGAAGGGCUUGAAUGACAAAAAGGUAGAGCAAGACGAAGAUCCUCGGGUUGUUGAGGCAAGCGUGCUUCUCCCUCAUGAAGUCUUUGGGGCUUUGCACAGCGUUUCAAAACACAAGGUACGACAAGAAGUCAACCAGGUUUUGGCGGAUGUGGUGGCAUGGUUGCUGUACAUGACUUUCAAGGCCGACUUGAAAGCCCGAUGGCAGUGUCACAGAUUGGACAACUAUUACCGCUGCAAAAAGUGUUGUGACCGGUGCCUGGCCAUACAACCAAUGGAUUCAACCCCACAUCCGAUGACCUACAAAAACACUGCCAAAGAUGCCCCUUAUGCAGCAACCUGCAAGGAUCAUGACGAGUACUUGCGCACAGCAAGGCAACCGUCGCCGUGGUGUGCGGUCCCAGGAUUUCAGAUUGAAACUGCUUCUUUUGACAUGAUGCAUCUGGUUUACUUGGGCAUAGCCAAAAACCAUAUUCCGUCUUGCCUCAAGAUCCUAAAGCUUUAUGGCUAUCACUAUGACGCAGGGGAGUCUGAUGAAAUGUUCCUCAAACGAGUUAGCAUCGAAAUGAAGCAGGAUUGCACAGAGCAGAAGAUCUACUUGCCCCGCAGAGUCUUGAGCGUAACCAACUGUGGUUCCUUCGGGUCUGAUGACUACUGUGAACUUGGUUCCCGGUUCAAAGCUGCUCACAUUCGAGUGAUGGUGUGGUGGGACGAUCGUGUCUUGCAACUCCUGCAAGUGUGCAGCCACGCCUUGGCCAAAGCGCAAGAACUGAUGGACAAUGCCGGCUUGGUUUUGAGCCCGGAGGAGGCAAGCGCCCCUU